UUUUCCUUUAACUUUUCAUAAUUUUACAAAGAUCAUUAUAAUAAUUUGCAUAAUAUGAAUAUAACUGAAUUAACUGCUCAAGAAUGGAAAGAAAAAGGAAAUGAAGAAUUCAAAAGUGGAUAUUUAGAUAACGCUCUCGUUUGUUAUACUAAUGCAUUAAAACUUACAAAUGAUAACAAUUCUUAUAAGGCUGUAUUUUUAAAAAAUCGAGCUGCAGUUUAUCUUAAGCAAAAUGAAUAUAAUAAAGUAAUUGAAGACUGUAAUGAAGUAUUAAAAAUUAUUCCAAAUGAUCCAAAAGCUUUAUUUAGACGAUGUCAAGCACUGGAAGGCAUUGAAAAAUUUGAAGAAGCCUAUCGGGAUGCCUUGGAUAUUCUAAAAGUUGAUUCUGGCAACAAAGUUAUUCAACUAAUAGCUGGACGCUUAUUUGUGAUUUGUCAAGAAAAACUGAAACAGAACUGUCAAUUAUCUGUUAAAGUAUCCCAAAUGUUUGACUUAGCUUUUGAAAUGCAUGCUGAUAUAGAGAAAAGAGAAACAGCUAUGAAUAAUUUAUUAGUUCUAACAAAAGAAAGGGCUGGAGCUGAGUUUAUAUUUAAAAAGGGCAUAGCAUUAAAAAUUCACAAACUUCUUAAAUUAGAAAAAAAUGAAGUAAUAAUAAUUGCAGCUAUUCGGAUUUUAGCAGAACUUUUUCAAAAUAAUGAAGAAAGAACUACAAUUAUUUUACAUGAUAUAGGAGUCCCUUGGUUUUUUGAUGCAAUUAAUAGCAAAAAUGAAGAAAGAGUCAAUGCUGGACAGUACUGUAUACAGACUGUUCUAAAUAGCUAUAGCGGGAUGAGUACAAAACCAAAUUCAAAACCCAACAAAGAGAUGUGUGAAAAAUAUAAAAAGGAAAUAGAUAAUAUAUUAUCCUAUCUUCUGUAUUGUACAACAAAUCGUACUUUUACUGGACAGGCAAGAAAUGCUAUAAUUGAGCUUAUAAUGAAAAAUAUUCAUCAUGACAUGUUCAAUUGGGCUGAACAGUUUGUAGAACUUCAAGGUUUACAAAGGCUAAUGGAAGUUUCUAGUGAACUAGAAGAAUACAAAUUUGAAUCCGCAAUGGAUAUCACUGCUUCUACAAGAACAAUUACUAGUGUUUGCUUUGCUCGGAUUUAUGAGAAUAUGUAUUAUGAUGCAGCAAAAGAAAAAUUUAGAACAGCAAUUGAUGAAUUCAUUAAAGAUAAAUUACUUGCACCAGACAUUGAAUCAAAGAUACGAGUGGUUGUGGCAAUCACAACAUUGUUAUUGGGUCCAUCAGAUGUAGGAAAUAGUAUAAUAGCUAAAGAUGGGAUUUUGCAAAUGAUUUUUGCAAUGGCAAGUAGCGAUAAUGUCCUUCAACAAAAAGUUGCUUGUGAAUGUAUUAUUGCUGCAGCUUCGAAAAAAGAUAAAGCAACUAGCAUUAUUAAUCAAGGUAUAAAUAUUCUAAAGAAGUUAUAUCAAUCAAAAGAUGAUACCAUUCGAGUUCGUGCUCUUGUAGGACUUUGUAAAUUAAGUAGUUCAGGUGGUACAGAUACAUCUAUACGACCAUUUGCGGAUGGGGCUUCCAAGAAGCUUGCAGAAGCUUGCAGAAAAUUUUUAAUUAAUCCAAGAAAAGAUAAAGAUAUGAGAAAAUGGGCAGUUGAAGGUCUUUCCUAUUUAACUUUCGAUGCAGAAGUUAAAGAAAAAUUAGUUAAAGAUAAAGAAGCCAUAUCUGCUAUGAUUGAAUUAGCAAAGACUGGAGAUAAAUCAAUUAUUUAUGGUGUUGUUACUACUCUUGUUAACCUUUGUAAUGCUUAUGAUAAACAAGAAAUUAUUCCAGAAAUGAUUGACUUAGCAAAGUUUGCAAAGUACCAUAUUCCAGAAGAAUCAGAACUUGAUGAUCCCGAUUUUGUUAAUGAUAGACUAGUCUCUUUAACAAAAGAUGGAGUUAUAACUGCACUGGUUGUACUUUCGAAAACAGAUAGUCAAAAUAGUAAAGAAUUAAUAUCUAGAGUAUUCAAUGCAAUUUGUAGUCAAGUUGAGGUUAGAGGUAUCGUGGUUCAACAAGGAGCAGCAAAAGCUCUUUUAGAACUAGCACUCACUGGUACAAACAAAGGUAAAAAACAAGCUUCUCAAGCUUUAGCUCGAUUAGGUAUUACAAUAAAUCCUGAAGUAGCCUUUCCAGGUCAAAGAAUUUAUGAAGUAAUUCGACCAUUGAUCAAUUUACUGAAUCAUGAAUGCAAUGCUCUUGAAAAUUUUGAAGCAAUGAUGGCUUUAUGUAAUUUAGCAGGUCUUAAUGAUAAUGUACGAAAAAAAAUUUUAAAAGAGGGAGGUUUUCAAAAAAUAGAGGUUUAUAUGUUUGAAGAUCAUAUCAUGUUGAAAAGAGCAUCUACUCAAGUUGUAAAUAAUCUUUUAAUGUGUGAAGAUACAAUCAAAUUUUUUGAAGGUGACAAUGAUAGAGUUAAAUAUUUAAUUAUAUUAUGUCAAGAAGAGGAUAUUGAUACUUGUUUAGCAGCAGCUGGUGCCUUAGCUAUACUUACAUCAAUAAGUAAAAUUGCAUGUAAUAAAAUAUUUGAUUCAAAUAAUUGGUUGGAAUCUAUUAAAUUUUUAUUGGCAAAUCCUAAUCAAGAUUUACAACAUCGUGGUGUGGUUAUUGUUUUUAAUAUGAUAAAUUGUAAUAAAGAAAUAGCAAUAAGGUUAAUUGAAACCGACCUUAUGGAGCUUUUGAUUGUAAUGGCAAAAAGUGAGUUAAUUGAAAAUCCAAUAGUUAAAAAAAUGGCUGAUAAUGCUUUGGAAGCUGCAGCUAAAUGGAAACUUGUAGAAAAGAUUGUUGAUGUACAUACAAAUGUAUUAACUUAAUUAAGUGUACUUUUGAAUACACAAAAUAAUUUAACUUAUUUAAAUUUGUUUUAAU